AUGUCGCGGCGCAAUCACUAUGGAUUCGCGAUCUCGCGGCCGGGCUUGAAAACUGAUUUAUUUCGUUCUAUUCUUCAACCGAUCGAACGAGCGUUGCACGAUUCAAAGCUAGACAAAGCAUCUAUUAAUGAAAUUGUCCUAGUUGGCGGGUCAACUCGAAUCCCAAAAGUUCAAGAAAUAUUAGAAAAUUUUUUCAAUGGAAAGAAACUGAAUCAAUCAGUUAAUCCCAAUGAAUCGAUUGCUUGUGGUGCUGCUAUUUAA